GCCACUGUUGGUGGCGCAAGUGAAGCCGGAAGCAGUGAGGACGAGGAGGGGCGGAGCUGCCACGGGCUGGGCAGGGCAGGCUCUUGGUGGAGGAUCGGGGCGUGUCCCGGUUAGAAGUCAUGCUUGGCAGGUCGGGCUACCGGGCACUGCCUUUAGGGGAUUUUGAUCGUUUCCAGCAGUCGAGCUUCGGCUUUCUGGGUUCGCAGAAGGGCUGCUUGUCCCCAGAGCCGGGCGGCGUGGGGCCGGGGGCCGAUGCCCCCGAGAGCUGGCCGUCCUGUCUCUGCCAUGGCCUCAUCAGUUUCCUGGGGUUCUUGCUGCUACUGCUCACCUUCCCCAUUUCCGGCUGGUUUGCUCUGAAGAUUGUGCCCACCUAUGAGAGGAUGAUUGUAUUUCGACUGGGCCGGAUCCGUAACCCCCAGGGACCUGGCAUGGUUCUUCUCCUGCCCUUCAUUGACUCCUUCCAGAGGGUGGAUCUGAGGACCCGAGCCUUCAAUGUUCCUCCUUGCAAGCUGGCCUCUAAGGAUGGGGCCGUGCUGUCUGUGGGAGCUGACGUCCAGUUCCGCAUCUGGGACCCAGUGCUGUCUGUGAUGGCUGUGAAGGACCUGAACACGGCCACUCGCAUGACAGCCCACAACGCCAUGACCAAGGCCCUACUCAGAAGGCCACUGCAGGAGAUCCAGAUGGAGAAGCUCAAGAUCGGUGACCAGCUCCUGCUGGAGAUCAAUGACGUGACCAGAGCUUGGGGACUGGAGGUAGACCGUGUGGAGCUGGCAGUAGAGGCUGUGCUACAGCCACCCCAAGACAGCCUAGCUGUGCCCAGCCUGGACAGCACCCUCCAACAGCUGGCCCUCCACUUGCUAGGGGGAAGUAUGAACUCAGUGGUAGGACGUGUUCCGUCCCCAGGGUCAGAUACCUUGGAAAUGAUAAAUGAAGUGGAACCACCUGCCUCUCAUGCUGGGGCUGGGGCUGAGCCCAAUCCGAAGCAGCCAGUGGCUGAGGGGCUCCUCAAUGCCCUGCAACCCUUCCUGUCAGAGGCACUGGUCAGCCAGGUCGGGGCCUGCUACCAGUUCAACGUCAUCUUGCCCAGUGGCACCCAGAGUAUCUACUUCCUGGACCUUACUACAGGACAAGGCAGAGUGGGCUACGGAGUACCCGAUGGCAUCCCUGACGUGGUGGUGGAGAUGAGUGAGGCAGACCUACAGGCCUUGUUGUGCAAGGAACUUCGGCCCUUGGGGGCCUACAUGAGUGGGCGGCUGAAGGUGAAGGGUGACCUGGCCGUGGUCAUGAAGCUGGAGGCUGUCCUCAAGGCCUUGAAGUAGCCAUGUUGGUUAUCCAUCCGACACCUAGCUCUGAACCUGGUGCCAAGCCAGAGAAGCCUCUCAGAAUAGAAGGCAUUGGUUUGGGUCUUGGAUAACUGAGGCCCAAAGAUGUUUCAGGCCCAACGAGGAACCUGGGAGGUUGGGAGUCAUCUGCAGCUGGUCAGAGCUGAGUCAGGUGUCCUGCACCUUAGCCUGUGGUAGUUCUCUGGACAGGCCUUUGCUCGUUCAAUCCCCUCAACAAAUGCUUAGUCCUGAGUUGCUACAGAGUGAAGUCAGAGAGCCUGGUCUGCCCUACCCAGCUGAUAACCUGACUGGAGAGACAGGAAGCACAGAAGCAGCCUGAAUGGCGGCCAUGUGAAGGACCGAAGCACAUGGAUUAUGGCUCUGACAUUCGGGGAGAUAAGCAGAAGGGAAGUCGAGGGAGGGUAGCCUCCAAGAAGGGGUUACUGCAGUGGAUCCAGGUGACCCCGCCUUCCUAUCGGCAGGCCAGAACUGGCUAGGUGGGGAGGGCGUGGGAUAGAGCAAUGGGUCUUGUGGGUCUGCUCCUGAAGUCACUGGGCCUUAUCCACCAGCUCUGUCCUGCAUGUUUGAGGAGCUGGGCUCAGGGCAGCAUGUAGGAGAGCCCUGCUGUUCUGUGUUUACUAGAGGCCUGGAACCUCCAACAAAUAAAUGUGGCAUUUACAAUGUGGAA